GGGGGCGGGGGGCUGCCGGCAGCGCCCUCCCCGCCGGUCCGGGGGCGCGGCUGCAGCGGGAGGCGGCGGCAGCGCAGCCGCGCAGGAGCCGCGCAGGAGCCGCGGCCGGGCCGCGCAGCAGAUCAGAGAUGCAUCGGCUGCACUUCGAGGCAAAGCUCAACUAACCUGCGGUGGGAACUGAAGCAUAAAGCAGAGGCAAAGUAGCAGCUGACCUUGUCACUGGGGGGCAGAGCACCGCCGCCGUUUUACUGUUGCUUCAAGCAAGUUCCUUGUGCGAUGUGAAUUGCAGGUGGCUCAGCCAACGCCGGUUCUUCCCAGGUCCGUGGGGUGAAUAAAAAUUGUUAACUCUUGGCUUGAUUUGUCAUCCUUUGGGGGAAUAAAAAACAGUGUCAGACUGUCUGUUACAUGGUCAUAUUGUUAGACCACGCGCAACUUGAAGUGGGUUAUCCUGGAGGUGAGAGUGACUCUGGCCAGUGAAGCAAAGGAGAGCUGGUUCUUAAAGUCUGCCCAGAACUCCUUGGAGAGGUGAUAAAGUGAGUAAGAAGACGAAUGGGAGUUAUAAAGUGGAUGCAAUAGCUUUAUCAGAACUCCUCUCUGCACACUGCCACAUCAGCUCGUUAAAAACCAACUACCAUUGUUUUGAGAACAGUAUGGAAAAAAAGCCCUUUGAGCAUCCCUGCAGCUCUUACGUCUGAUGCAUUAACCAAGAAAACCGAUCAUACAGCACAAAGAGAGGUGCAAAUAUGGCAAAGGCAGCUAAGGAAAUUCAAAUGGAGAACCCAAAAGAGCUGGAGACCCAGAGUGCAGGGACAACGUGCUCCCCGUCAGAAGAACAGGCAGAAAAACCCUCCAUGCUCUGCUUCAAGAAGCGGACGAAGUCCUGUAAGAAGGGGCUGGCCAUGAAGGAUGCGUGCGAAGGAGCUUCUGCAGCCUCGGAGGAGAAAAGCCAAUGCACAGACCAAGGGGAGGCAAAAGUUUCUGCUCAACCACGAUCCUCCAGAGGAGCCUGGGCAGCUAUUAAAAGUCUCACAAGACCUCGGAGAAGGCAAAAAUCUUCUUCACGGAAGAAGGUGCCCUCCGAUUCCCAGGUGCAGCUGGAGAUAGAUGCUGAGGAGGGCUGCACACAAGGUUUCCCAAGGAAAAAGGCAAGCUCGGGUGUGAAGAUGCCCUGCAUACGGUUCUCAAGAGGCAAGAAAAAGCGCAGCCCCUCUGAGGGAGUGGAGGAGUCAGAGGGCAGUGUCCAAGCAAAUGAAGAGAUGGGCAUUUUUAAUAAAGCCAUUGAGGAGCCAGAGGACUUGGCCUCAGCAGAGGAGCCAAGCAAGGCUGAGCCCUCCAGCCCGCUCCCUGUGAAGGUGGACCAGGAGGACAAGGGUACAGUAGAGGAAGGGGCUGAUGCUGGUAGGAAGAGUGAGCCCUCGGCUGAGCCCGGGCCUGACGUGGAUGAACAUGCAGAGCACACUGCUCAGUCCCAAAUCACCAGUUCAGAGGCAGUUGAUGAACACGCAGAACACACCACACCAUCAGAAAUCACCAGUUCAGAGGCAGUUGGUGAACAUGCAGAACACACCACUCCAUCAGGAAUCACCAGUUCAGAGGCAGUUGAACACGCAGAACGCACCACACCGUUAGAAAUCACCAGUUCAGUGGCAGUUGAUGAACAUGCAGAAUGCACCACACCAUUAGAAAUCAGUUCAGAGGCAGUCGGUGAACAUGCAGAACACACCACUCCAUCAGGAAUCACCAGUUCAGAGGCAGUUGAUGAACACGCUGAACACACCACUCCGUCAGAAAUCACCAGUUCAGUGGCAGUCGAUGAAACCAUUCAGGAACAGCUGCCCAAGGGGAGUCCGCACCAAACUGCAGUGCACGUGGAAGAGAGGGAAGUCCCUGCCGAAACGCCGGUUUCCACAGAGCAGCCCAACAGCACCCCUGAAAUCACCGAGGUGCAGGAAAUAGCUAAUAUCUGCAAAGAGCUGCCUGAACGGGAUGAAUCAGAGAGGAACACAGAUCUCCCCGAGGAGUGCAAAGCUGAAGAGACUGUAAUGGAUUUCAGUCAGUCAGCAUUUAAAGACGAGGCAGCGAGCAUUCAGAGCAGCUCCAGCCACCGGGAGAAACCUGAAGUCAACAUGGGCACCUGCGUCGGCAUCGUCAUCACUGUCACCGAAGCCGUGGACUCUGACAACAACGACUCUGACCAGGACUAUGAGCCGACCCUGGUUUUGCACCACAAUAAGCAAAAAGGGAAUAAAAAAUCAAGUGGGAGCUUUGAUUUUGGUCAAAAAGAGGGCCCUGAGGCUGGCAGCAGUGCCCUGGUGGAGGAGAAAGGCCUGGGUGACCAGGGGCACAGGACUUCAGAUCAGUAUGAGUUGCUCCUCAUAGAAACAGCAUCUUCCCUCGUGAAGGCGGCCAUCCAGUCAUCCAUAGAGCAGCUGGUCAAUGAGAUGGCUCUGGAACAGAACAAACACAACAGUUUCCUGUGAUGGUGGCAAUGCCUCCAAAACAGGAGUAGGGGGAGCGUUUUCAAGCUGCUGUGGCCUAAGGGGGAGAGCAAGGGGGGCCCCCCGGGGCCAUGGUGUAGUUAGCGCUGCAUGCCCGUGAAAUUGUGUGUGUGUGUGUGUGAAAUGGGUCCUGGGAUGUGUGGCAGGCCCUGCUCUGCACAGGGCAUCCUCUGGGCCUGGGGCUGCAGUCAGCAUGACUGCCUAUAGCUACAGGAAAAUUAAGGCGUUGCAGUGUUUUCGUUUAUUUGCAUCUUUACAUUGAGGCCACGUUUCUGCCUCCAUCCAUUCCAUAUUUCCCCACUGUUAAUGGUGUAGGUGUGUACGUAUAGUUAGGGAAAGGUCCGAGGGGCAGCAAGCACCUUCCUGCCCUGGGUUCAGUUGGGUGCACAGGGCUCAGCAGGUGACGGGACUGCAAUGUGCAAUAAAGAUGUCAAGGCCAAGCAGGCCAGGGCUGGCAUUCAGUGUUGUACACAGGGGUUAAAAACAAGGGUCACCCCUGUGGUCACAUUGGAUGAAACUGGGUGGCUGCAGCGAGCAGCGCUUCUCGUCCAGCCUGAUUCCCUGCCAGAAGCAGCCUGCUCAUGGCCAGGCAUAGCACAGCACACUGUCAGCUCCCCUUGCUGACCCCAGGCUGUGCAAAUGCCAAGAAAAUGCCAGUACAUGGCUUGCUGGGGGCUGCUCCAGCACUUCCAGGAGCAGUGUGCAGGAUUGCCUGUGGCCAGUCUGGAGCGUGCCUGCCACAGGGAGCCCCUUGCCUUUGCCUUUCUUUGUCUGUCGUGGUGAAGCUGUCUGUGGAUGUAGCGUACUUUUGAUAUGUGGCAUGUAAUAUAAAUAGCAGUGAGCUGCAUGCAACUCUUGCCUCAGUGUUGAAAUAGCUCGGCAGCAGUGAUGUGCUGCAGGUGGUGAAAUCGCUCUAAGUCAGGAGCAGAUUUGGUCAGGCUGCUGGCGGCGUCCCUGUGUGCGGGCAGCAGUCUGUCCCUUUGCCUGGCUGCAAAGCCCUCCUGACAUGACUGCAGCGAACCUGGCAUCGUUCCCCUCUUUUUCCCCCAGACUCUCCUCUGGCUCUGUGGCAGUAAGUCUGAAACGCAUCCUGAAAUGCCAGAGCAACCCCACCAAAGUCCUCAGGGAAAACCCAGACACCAGGGCCUGGGGACACUGCCAUGAAAUGCCCGAAAAGGCCGGGUGCUGUCCAAAAACACAAGCUGCUCUGCUACAAGAGGGCUUGCUUGCAGCGUGUGUGCACACGCGUGGUGCGUGUGGGCAUGCGUCACCUCUCACUGCCAGCCCUCUGAAAGAAAGGGGCCUUUUGAUAAUUUUGGAGUGCAGCUGUGUGGUUGUGAUUUACGUACGGCUGCAUGAACGUUCGCCUGUUCUGCUGAGAAAAUUCUCCUGCCUGUUUCUCAGCUUGUACAGAAAUAGCAGCCUCCCCUGGCGAUUGCUCAUUGACCACAGUGGGAAUACGGAGGUUUCUCUUCCCGGUGCAGUAUUUGGGUUCCUGUUAAAACACAAGGGCUGACAACCUUCCUGGUACCCGGGGCACAACCACGUUUUAAACUUUGAUACGGGAUCUCCAUCAUUAUUAGAGGACUGCUAGCAGUGAGUGCCACAACUUGUUUCUGCACAAGUAAAACAGGGAAAAAAUCAGAGGGUGUU